AUGGACACCGAAUACCACCGCCUUGCGGAAACCAUCCGCGACCAAGCCAAUAUUUCCCUCAAACCACGCUACAUCGUAGCCAUCGCGGGAAUCCCCGGCUCAGGCAAAACAACCACCGCGGCAGCUGUGGUAAAUCAUCUAAAUAAUGAACCAAAUGUGGAAGCCGCUCUACUCUCUAUGGACGGCUUCCAUCUCUCCCGCCGCGAGCUCGAUGAUCUCCCAAACCCCAAAGAAGCACAUAUCCGACGCGGCGCUCCCUGGACCUUCAACGUCUCCCGAUUUGUGACGUUCAUGCACCAAAUACGCCAAUGGGCCGACAACACACCCCUACCAAAGGAAGGAAAAUGGCCAUCAGACCACGUCCUCAGCGCACCAACAUUCGACCACGAAGCGAAAGAUCCCGUUGAAGAAGGCAUCUCCAUCACGCCCGAUACAUCGAUCAUCGUCGUCGAGGGGAAUUAUCUUCUCCUUGACGAACCGGGCUGGCGAGACCUCGCGACGCUCUGCGAUUACCGCAUCUUCGUCGAAACGGAUCUUCUAGAGGCGCGGGAUCGGACGGCAAAGAGACAUGUUCAGGCGGGUAUUGAGAAAACGAUGGAAGAUGGGUAUCGGAGGGUUGAUACUAAUGAUUAUCUUAAUGGGAUUUCCAUCCAGGAAAAAUUGAUUGUUCCUGAUAUGGUUGUUAAAAGUGUUUCUGUUCACGCGGAUGCAUAG